AGAGGUCCUUUAGAUGGGACUUUGCGGCAUUUGACAAAAAGAGGUUAGCAACCGUUGCGUUUGUUAACACGGUUGUGCUUUUCUGUUAGUUUAAAAACUGUUUUUUCACCCUAAUAGUGUUUAAACAAACACGGAAUUACACCGUCGUACCUCGUUCGUGGGGCUGAGGAGGGUAAACAUAGCCAAUUAUGAUUACCUCUGCCGGUAAGUUGAGAAAGUGUGUUUUAUUUUGCGUAGCUUUAGCGUUAGCUCUCUGCCAUUGAUUUAGCUGAGUCACAGCUAAUGCUACAUAUUAUUUAUCAAAUGGUAACUAAUACAAAUACACAGACAGAAACCUUUCUCCCUCUGUGUGUGUUUUUUGUCUAACUUAUCAACACUUAUACACUUCUUGAUUUUGUCAAAUUGAGUCAUUUGUUUAAAUUUUGUGCACGUUUUAAGCUUUUAGUUUUGACAGGAUCCUCAACAACUCUAAUAUUACAGUGUCACGGUUUGUUGUUUUUAAGCGUAGAUAUUAUAAUGUUAGCAUUAAUCUUUUCUCAAACAUAAAGAUCUCAAAGGUUUACAUUACAUUUAGUUUCUUUGUCUCAAAAGACUAACUAUCAGCUUAUUAGCUCUGUUUUGAGAUGUACAGUGUUAUCGGCAAUGUUAUCGAAAUCGAUAUUGGCAGAUUGUUGUCAGUGUGGUUCACCGUGUAUAGGGAUAUCGUUAAGUGUCGGAAACGGACAGCAAAAUAGCUAUCAGGACCACCUUUAAGACACAGCUCAUGGGAGGAAGAGCAAACAACUCUCCUUAAACUCUACCAGUUCAGCAGUGCCUCUAAAAUACCGUCAUCCUGAACAUCACCAGGAGGUUUGAGAAGAACAAAACAUUAUUGUAUCUGCAAUAACCUGUGAUAAGAACUUAAAUUAUAUCUCUAUGUAAAAAGAAAUUACACUAAAAAUCAAAAAUUGUUGACUGUGGGGAGUUAAGUUCAGAGCCAAUAGAAACAAAAAUGAAAAGGAAAUCACACUUUGCAAUAAUGACUUUGCAAAUAGGUUAAAUUCAACAAUUUAAGUAAUUUUAAAAAUGACAAAGAAUAAAAACCAACAAAAAUAAAAGGUUAAAUUACUCAAAAGAUCAAAGGUGCAAGAUCCUGCCAGCAACACUGCUUGGAGUUGGACUAUAAGCCAGGUCAAGAGGAUUUAAACAUUCCUUUAAAAAUGAAAUGCUGUAAAAAGCACAUCCAUAUCAUUUAUUUCCAAGUCUGAUCUCCUGUGUCUUUGUUGUGAAAAGCUGGGCAGAACCUUAACAUGUGAACAAAGAGUUAUAGUUGUCCAAAAUGGGUGUAAAUAAGAGUGUGUACUGUGUCAUCAUCACCACAGUUGCUGUUUCUCUGUCAAGCCUUUUUUGGUUUAUGUUUCAUUGUGCUCAAAUUUACUACUUUUAGUUUAGUAAUUUUUUAUUAGUAAUAACCCUGGUUGGUUUAGAAAUGAAACGCGUGGCAGUCAUGGUUCGAGUUGUUAAAACUUUUGGCAUCCACAACCAGCUUUUAAACAAUGAAGACAGAGAAUUGAUUUUAAACCACUUGACUAAUUCUAUUCUUCUCUUUCCUAAAGCUGGAAUUAUUUCACUCCUCGAUGAGGAGGAGCCACAACUCAAGGUAAGAACCCCUUGCCUGAAAAUAUCUAACUCCACUGCAGGGGCAUUUAAGUGUCAGGUCAUAUUAUGCAACAUUAGGUAUUUUAAAAUUUCAUGUGAUUUGUUGACUUGGAAUGGUACCCAAGAUACUGGCUCUUUUUUCAGGUGUUAGAAUAAAGGUUUCACAAUGUAUAUGCAAUGUGUAUGCAACACACAAAACAGUCUUAUUUGUUUACAUUUAUUUCUUUAAUGUAAUUUUGAGUGCUGCUGCAACUGUUGCUCUCAAACACAAUUACUAAUACACAUGUAAUUUAUUAUAGAUUUCCAGAUCAAGGUUGACACAGAAGUAGUAAAUCUUUAUGAAAAUGUUUGUUUCAAUUGCAGGAGUUUGCUCUUCACAAGCUGGACUCCAUUGUGAAUGACUUCUGGGCUGAAAUUUCAGGAUCAGUUGAUAAAAUGUGAGUACUGUUAAUGAGAGUAUGUGUAAAAUAGUACCAUCAUGCUGGUGUAUAGAAGUUUUUUAUGUGCUGUAGAGAGAAAAAUGCACUUUAGCUUAAAAUACACCAGUUAUGAAACAAAAUUACAGAUGACUUCUCAUUUAAGUGUCCAUUAAUCAUGAUGUUUCCUAUGUGCAGUGAGGUCCUGUAUGAGGAUGAGACCUUUAGGAGCAGAGCUUUUGCUGCCCUGGUGGCCUCAAAGGUUUUCUACCAUCUUGGAGCCUUUGAGGAAUCUCUCAAUUAUGCUCUUGGUGCUGGAGAGCUCUUCAAUGUCACAGAUGAGUCAGAAUACGUGGAGACCAUCAUUGGUGAGUUAUCAAACAAAUACUCGUCUGCCUUAUUUUGCUAUUUCUUUUUCUUUAGGUAUCAUGUGAAAUUUCUCUAUUAAAACACCUUUGACCCUUAUGCUCUUACCUGAAAUGUGCUGAAUCCAGAAGUAAGUGGAAGCCUCUUUUUAAUAACUUUUUGUGUGUUUUGCCAGCCAAAUGCAUCGACCACUACACCAAACUGCGGGUGGAGAAUGCUGAGCUGCCAGAGGAUGAGGAGAAGAAAAGCAUCGACCCCCGACUCGAGGGCAUUGUCAACAAGAUGUUCCUGCGUUGCCUAGAUGAUCACAAGUACAAGCAAGCUAUUGGCAUUGCCCUGGAGACAAGGAGGCUGGAUAUGUUUGAGAAAACCAUCUUGGAAUCGGUAACUAGUUAUUGUGAUUGAUAGCGCAGUCGCUGUCUCAACUUUUUAAAAAGUGUCUUCUUUAAUUUUAACACUUUGAACAUGAUCAACUCAUGGUACUCUUUAUGGAAAUACAUUUUUUUCUUCAUUUGUCCGUGAUGAAACUGAUUAAAUGAUUUUGUUCAGCUGUCCAGAUUUCUGUCACUGCUCACUUGUUUAAUUAUAUUUCUUCAUCCCCCUUUGCAGAAUGACGUGAGUGGCCUCCUUGCUUACAGCCUGAAGGUCUGCAUGUCUCUAAUGCAGAACAAAAAGUUCCGUAACGAGGUACUGCGGGUGCUUGUAAAGCUCUACAUGAACUUGGAGAAACCGGAUUUCAUCAACGUCUGUCAGGUAACUAUCAGACCAUGGACACACUCAUAGCAUUAGCUCCUUGACUAUCUCCACACAUGCAGUAAGACCUUUAUGAAGUAGGGCUCAUUAUUUCUCAACUAGUCAUUUUUAAGCAAAUCUUUUUUUAAAUGUAAAAAUUUCUAGAAGUUUUAUGUCUCUUUGUUCAAGGAACAGUUAAAUCCCACUCAUAAAAAGUUUGGUGAAAAGAUAAAAACGAAAUAUUUUUACUUUUUUGCAAUAUUAUAAAUGGAACCAGUAUUUUGCCUUUCAAAUUCAAGAUUUUUAUUUGGGUUAUAAGUUCAUGAAGCUGUUUUCACUUUAUGCAUAUGGUUUUUCAUGCUGCUGAACUGUAAUACCUGUUGACCACACCCCUCCAAGCUGCAUAACAGAAACACCUCUCUAUGUAAUGCAGAACAUUUCAACAGCACCAUAAACUACAUAGUACAAUAUAGUAAAGUUUAAUCCACACCUAUCUGUUCAUGAGCUCACUACUACUACAUCCACUGUAUUGGCAAUCAUUAACAUCUAGAAGCCUUGCUUUAUGCAAACUCUUACUUCACUCUCAGCUUUCAGAAAUUGACCGUACCUUAAAUCCCCUCUAAUCAAAAUUUUCCCUCUUUAACUCCCUAGUGCCUGAUAUUCCUGGAUGACCCGCAGGCUGUGAGUGACAUUUUGGAGAAGUUAGUGAAAGAAGACAACCUGCUGAUGGCUUAUCAGAUCUGCUUUGACCUGUAUGAGAGUGCCAGCCAGCAGUUCCUGUCCUCUGUCAUCCAGAACCUGAGGACUGUGGGAACACCUAUCCCUUCAGUCCCAGGCUCCACCAACACAGGCACUGUUCCCACACCAGAAAAAGAGGGGUGAGUGCAUAAGAAUGCACACCAGUUUCUAGUCUCAAGUAAUAUGUUUCGCAAUAUGUUGACAAAGACUCAUCAGCUUGUUUCAAUUAAAACGGAUAAAAUAUCUGUUUGAACUUUCUGUGCAGCAAGAAAUCAAGUAAAGCUUCAGUGUGCAAGUCCCAAUCCAACAGAGUCAGAAUGAGUGGAACUGAGCCUUACAAGCUCUGUUUUCUGUUGUGCAGAUGUUGUACAGCAUUGCUUAUUCCCUCUGAAAGCUAAAGAAGUAAAUGUAGGCAUGUAAUUAUAUACAGUAUACACGGAUUUGUGUUAGGAAUAAUAAAAGAGAACUAGAGUUACUAGCUGAAGCUGUAAAUUAGCUAAGAUGGGUCAUUAACACCUUCUUGUGAUGAAAUUGAUUUGUAAUGACAAAAGUUGUUUUAUGUGUGACAGUGACGCAAUGGAGACAGAUGAAAAGGCUGGCAGCUCCCCAGCUGGAAAGCCUGCAGAAACUGUAAGUUCUGUGGAUUUUUUUUGUUAACCAUAGUACUUUUGUUAUACUAUAUGGUAAAAAAAUACAAGGAAAGACUCUUUGUUUUGUUGUCCGCUCAACAUGUUGCUUCUCUUUGUUUUUGUAGAAGGAUGAGCCUAAAGAUCAGAACGCCAAGAUGAUCAAAAUCCUUAGUGGAGAGAUGGCUAUUGAGCUACACCUGCAAUUCCUGAUCCGAAAUAACAACACAGAUCUCAUGAUCCUCAAAAACACAAAGGUAAUUUUACCAGCAACACGGAUGCUUCAUCAGCACUUGUGAGAAGAAUGUUUUCGGCUGAUGAGCUGCUGAUAACUGUACUAUACUGGUCUGUGUUUUCUGUGAUGGCUUCCAGCUCAGUCUUAAUAAUCACAUCAUUUUUUCUUUUCUCUUUUACUUCAGGAUGCAGUCCGAAAUUCAGUGUGCCACACAGCCACAGUAAUAGCAAACUCCUUCAUGCAUACAGGAACUACGAGUGAUCAGUUCCUCAGGUAAUUGUGUUUUCACAACAAAAUUUUCUUUAGUGAUUUGCACAUUGAGAUCUAAAGACAAUAAAACACCUGGUUGAGAUUGACUCUAGUUUUUUUCCUUACAGAGAAAACUUGGAAUGGCUUGCAAGAGCCACCAACUGGGCAAAGUUCACAGCCACUGCAAGUCUGGGUGUCAUUCACAAGGUACAUUUGUCCCCCCCAAAAAAUUGUGCAAUGAUGCCAAUCAAAAAAGUGUGGUAAGUGUGACCGAAGAUUGAAUUUUGAACACUACCUGCCCUUUUUUCAGGGUCAUGAGAAGGAGGCUCUACAGUUAAUGGCCACCUACUUGCCCAAAGACACCUCACCAGGCUCAGCCUACCAGGAGGGAGGAGGCUUGUACGCACUGGGACUCAUUCAUGCCAACCAUGGAGGGGACAUCAUCGACUACCUGCUCAGCCAGCUCAAAAACGCCAGCAAUGAUGUGAGUAUUAUUUGCGUACUUGUGUACUGAGUUAUGGGUUGAUUUUGACGUACCAUCAGAGGAGUACAACACAGAAAAGCCAUAAGUUGAAGUUUGUGGCUGAGAUCAGGAGCAAGAGUAGGUCAGUCAGUUUACAUAUACAUGUUUACAUAAUGUUUAAAUAAUUGAGUUAUAACAUCAGUCCAACCAAAACUUGGCUUUUAAAGUACGUGUACACACGUUUAUGUGGCUGAGUUUGCACCAAGUGGAAUUUCUCGAUGUCCAGCCAACAUACCAAGAUAAUGUGGUUGGAGUUGAUUUUACUCCUGCAUAUAUUUAUUUUAAUAGGACCCAAACUAGUCUUAACUUCCUGUAUAUGUCACACAGUUCUAAUGAAAUAAUAUCACAGAGGAAGCUUGGAAGUAUACAGAUUAAUAACAGAAGAAAAAGAACAGAAGCAAAAAUGAUCCAUCUCUUCAUGUCUGAUUUUUUUAUCCUGUUUGACAGAUUGUCCGUCAUGGUGGUGCUCUUGGCCUUGGUUUGGCUGCGUUGGGAACAGCUAGGCAGGAUGUUUAUGAUCUUCUGAAGUCCAACCUGUACCAGGAUGAUGCUGUUACUGGUAUGUAGGCUUCAUACAAAAUGUUUUUUUUUUUUUAUAUAACAGGGCUUACAACCCCUGACUCAUAAUAAUAAUAACCUCUAAACAAAAUAACCAAAUGUGUUAUUAGCAUUUUUACAUGAUAUACUUGUUUAUUUGGCCUGUUUUAUUCAUUCAGAUAAAAUGUGUUAGUAUGUCCGUGCAACCGCAAUGUUGAAAGAAUUACAGGAUACUUGUUUUUCAAAUACAGUCGUUUGGCUGAACAAAUAUAGACAUAUAACAUGUACUGUCUUGAGCAUAUUAUUAGCCCAUUAUUCUAACCAUUAUUGUUAAUAUUUAUGACAUUUGGUUUAGUACUGUGGUCUCAUGAAACUGGGAAAAAUGCUCAAGAGGAAUAAUAAGCCAUACUGACUACAACAUGUUGACCUUUUAAGGUGAGGCUGCUGGUCUGGCCCUUGGUCUUGUCAUGCUGGGCUCCAAGUCAGCCCAGGCCAUUGAGGACAUGGUCGGAUACGCUCAGGAGACACAGCAUGAGAAGAUCUUGCGCGGUCUGGCGGUUGGAAUUGCUAUGGUCAUGUAUGGACGCAUGGAGGAGGCUGAUGCCCUCAUCGAAAGCCUCUGCAGAGACAAGGUAUGAGGUCAGGGCUAAACAGAAAAGAUCUGGAAAAAGUCGUGAAAGCAGUAAACUUUAGGGUGUAGCAUGGAGCUUGAAUAUAUGUGUUGCACAAGAAAGGGAAAGGCUGUUCCACUGUACUCUGUACUGUACUGUGUUUAUUAUUGUAGUUUAUCCAGACUCAAAGUCUCAAAGCUCUGCUUUCUUUCAUUUUCAAUGGCAGGAUCCUAUCCUGCGGCGUUCUGGUAUGUACACAGUGGGUAUGGCCUACUGUGGCUCCGGGAACAACAAAGCCAUCCGACGCCUGCUACAUGUCGCUGUGAGUGUUUCCUGUUUGGCUCUCUUCUCAACACAUUAUUUCACUGUUGGUAAGACAAGUUUAUCACACUGGCAGUGGAGCAGAAACCUACAACCGGGGCUAAUGUAGCACAUAAGUGUUUUUCUAUUCCUGCCAGAGGCUGAACCAGGUCUUCUAAAUCCAUUCAGUGCAGUCAUUUCUUUUCUCAUCUAUAUCAAUGAUGACAGAUGUUGCAGGGAUUCAGUAGUGGGCAAACUCUGCAAACUGAACUAUGGAAAAUAACAUGAUGACUGAACAGGCUGAAGAGCUGUAAAGAUGAUAUGAUUUUAAUUAAAUUGGAUUUCAAAAGUAGCCACAUCAAGCACCUAGAUGUCAACAACUUGUCCUGUAGGGGGCAUCCCAGUCGAGUAAAAGUUACUCCAUUGUAGUGUCCAGUGUGUGGUUGCUCUUGUGCAAUACAGGAGUAACAUCUAAGGAUGAUCCCAUUAACAGUGUUGGUUGGUUGACUGUUUUGGUUGUCUUUUUUUAGGUCAGUGAUGUGAAUGAUGACGUCAGGAGGGCCGCCGUUGAGUCCAUUGGCUUCAUCUUGUUCAGGUAAGAUCCAGACUUGAUUAUUUUAACUAUAAAAUCUCUGUUAAGUCUCUUCACAUGCAACAGAAACCUUAGAGAUGGAUAAAAGUUCAGUAAUUUUCCUCCCUCAAACAAAUGAAAACAAAUUGUCUUUUUGUUUCCUUAAACGUUAUCAACAUUUCCAUUAAUGUUUAUCAGUUUCCAGCUUGCCUUUAAAAACCUGAACUUGAAAUGAACCCUGAAACAAUCUUAUCUGACCAUCUUUGAUAAGUACCAGUAAAGAAGAGUGACAUCUUUUAACAGAACAUCAUGAAUGCACCUUAACAAUGUGCACACUCAGCUCUAUUUUUUGGUUAAAAAAAAAAAAAAGCAAUUCUUAUGUUUUAAAGAAAGAGGAUGAUUUACAUCCUCUGUUCUUUGUUUGAUUUCACAGAUUUUACCUCUGACGAGAUUUAGCUAACACUAAUGAUGAUAAAAUAUCUAAGAUGCUCUGUAGACUGAUAUCAAAAACCUUUAACUUCUGAAUCGCCAUCAAAGGUAUCUCUUUGCUAGAAGAAGACAAACCAAUCAUUUUUACCCACAUUGACUUCCGAUGUGAAUUAAAGGGCCUUCACACUCUUAACAAUCAGACCCCCUUAAGCAGAAUAUUUUUUUUUUAUACCCAAAAAGGACUGGGUGGUGUUCUACAGGAUCAGAUGUUUGUUAGAUGAACUUAGUGUGGAUCUCUCCUGCAUUUAGAAAGACCUCUGAACCGUAAUAAUUCUGUCAGCCUUUGCCCCUCCAACCUCCCACCCCAAUAACUUAAUAACUCCCUCCACUCGCCGAAAUGCACACUUGCAGACAAUGGGGACAGCUUUGAGUUCAAUCGUCUCAAGUCUCUGCGAUUUUUCCAAGAUCAACAGUUCCUGUUUGUGAACAAUAGACAGGGAGACGGGGUCAGUCUAGACAACUAUAAAACACUGACACAGUCCAAACCCACAUACCAAGACCGCUGAGUGUCAUCCAAAUCUCAUAUAUCUUGCCUCUCUAAACAAUGAUGCCUUUUUUAGUGAACAAGAUUUAAUGUAAUUGUAUUUGGACAUCUACAGAAUUUUUUCUUAGAAAUAUACGUCGUUGAGACGAUGAAAGUAAAAAUAACUACAACAAGUGGAGACAAAACGGCACUAGUCUUUUUUCGGUUCAGCAACACGCAAUAAAACAUUUUAUUGGACACAGUAAGAUUUAAUCUGGAGUUUGUUCUUUCCUAUAUACAGUCUUUCAACUCAAAACUUUAAACAUAUCAAAACAUCAAGAUACAAUUCACAUACAUGAGUGCUUUUUGAAGGUCCAGCAUAUACAAAAAGUUGUGUUUCCGGAGUGCAAUACAUUAUAUUUGUCUGCUUCCUGCAGAGUUUUGAAGGGUGGAAUUUGUCUUUGAAAUAUAAAUCAUGUGAACAGAGGCUGUCGACCGCGUUUUUAGAGAGUUUCCAGAUUAUUAUAAUGUCUUAGUUCCUCACAUUUUAUUUUGUGGCAGGAACUCCAAACUUUGGAAAACUAAAGUAGUAAGUAGUCCCUCACUGUGUUUGAAUUUUAAAAAAUACCAUUAGUAUGGUGUUUCUAUGGACACAUAUGCAAUACAGUAGCUUUGUGUGUUUAUAAAACUUUGCCUGGUUUUACCUUAGAAAAGUUACUGAUAAAAAUAAGCAGCAGGAUCAAACCUCAACAUGCUCAAUGUUGUUUUUGCACUGGUAUCAUAGGUUUUGCCAAUCAAAUUGAGAGUGGAGGCAAAACACCUUUUAGAUUGAUCGUCGUUUUUUUAUCCUUUGCUCUUCAACAAAACCAACAUAAUGUUUGCACUGUCAAUUUGAAAUAUUUAAACUGCUCCCCUUGACCUGGAUUCAUUUGUCUGCAAUUUCUAUACACAGCUUAUAUGUUCCUCAUGCUUUUCAGUUUCAUGCUCAGUCAGAAGUAUCGUGUCUAACACCACCCCACUGGGUAGCUGUGUAGGUGCUUGUCGGCACCUCGGGGGACUUGGGUAGCUCACUGCUCCGAUGCCGUUCUUCAUUCCCCGCUUCAUAAAUAGUUUAGAGUUUUCUGCCAUAGAAGAUUUAAAUGAAAUCCUCGUAAGGGUCCGAUCUGUAUUCGAUGCCCUUGGGUGCCUCCCUGGCUUGUAACUUGCACAGGACUUGUAAUUACAGGUGAUGUAACGUGCGAAUGCUUCCCUGAAAGUUUUAUUGAACAAGGUGUAGACCAAAGGGUUGAUACCUGACGACACAUAACCCACCCAAACAAAGAUCUCCAUGAGGCGGGAAAUUAAAUGAGCAUCACAGCUGGUGCAAAGCACAGAGGUGAUAUUGGUGAUAAAGAAAGGGCACCACAUGACUACAAACAAGAGGAAAACAAUACCAAGCACCUUUGAGGCCCGCUGCUCAUUGCUAAGAGUCUGCAUCGACUUCUUGCCCAUAGUCGACAUUCUCCGAAAGGUUAACUCGUCCUCUGUAGGAGAGUUCAUUGGUCCCGCGUUUGUUUUUUCCCGCAUCCAUGGAAGUUUGUUAUCCAGCAUGUUCAGUUGUCCAUCUUCAGGUGGGGCGAAGGCUUGUUCCCUUUUAAAAACCGUCGAGACAGUCGGAUAGUUAAAGCGCUGAGCCACCUUUGAUUUGAGCAGAUAAACCUUUUUGCGCAACACCUGAACAGUUAGUAGGUAGAUGACCAUCAUGAUGGUGAGAGGGAUGAAGAAGGCAACCAAGGAGCCAAACAUGAUGAACUCCCGGAAGGUGUCAGUUUUGAGGAGGCAUGUGUGGUUGCUGUUAAAGGUGAUGUUGUUGGGAUGAUGCUGGUACUUAAGCCCCUUAAUUGGGAUUGGGAUUGCAAUGCCUGAAAAACGACAGAAACUGUAUAUCAGGAAACUUUUCAAGACAGAAUAUAAAUACAUUAAUGUUUAAUUUUAACUCCAGCUACUGUUGGCUGUCUGACUAUCAGGAAAAAACAUUCUUGUGUAGUUUCGGCAAAACCGAAACUUAAGUAUCCACUACAAACUCCAAAACCAACAUUUUCUCCUCACUUCUGACCUGCCGUGAACCCUCUUAAACUGAGCACCAGUAUAAAGUUACAUUAAAAACUCUCCUGCUUUCAGCAGAGUUAAGUGCUGCUAUCCUCUUUGUGAAUGAUCUUCUGGCUUUGAUCAUGAAAUGAAGCUCAAAGGAAACCAAACCCAAACAGUCUGCACCUUUAUUGGCCUGAGUACUAGACACUCUUCAAUACACUAACAUUGAUAAUAACCGUGUUUAUUUUUAGUCUCUUUUUGUAGAGCUUAAAGGAUCUUAAAUGACCUGCAAGAAUUUUGAUAGACAAAUGUUGUAUAAUGACUCUGAGUAAAGACUGAAAGUAUUCAUUUUGUUAUUUGUGCGAGCUUUUGGUCUUUCAGUCUGUUCAUCACUCACAAAAUCUUUUCCUGUUCCCCUCUGUUACAAUAACUAGAUGGUACUUUUCACAGGUCUGGGGCCUGUUCUACGAAGCAGGUUCAACUCAGCGAGGUAGGCUUGGAGCUACCUCGCUCAACUUUAGCGCGGUAGCCAGCGGUCUCGCUACACGGUUUUACGACGCUGGUUAUCAACCUCAUAAGUGGAUCCAGCUCUGCUAUGAGCGCGUGCACACAUAUAAGGCGGAGCCCGCCGCAUCUGACCAAUCGCGAACAUGGAUCAGUCUGGAGCGUCAGAGCAGGCUGGAGAGUGAAGGACCGCUGACUUUACAAACGAGGAACAGGAGACGAUCAUGAGAAAGUAUGAAGAAUUGAAAGCUAUCAUAAACCUCAAAAGCAACACCGUCGCCGCUACAAAAGCACGGAGGGAAUGCUGGCAGAAAAGUAAUCUUUGAUGUCAUUAUCACCCUGAAAUAGCACUGUUCAACAUGCGCUUUUAACUAAGGUGACAGUCCCCGAAUUGGAUGAUCUGUCCCCGGCUAAAGCUGUCCCCGAAAAUGUCCCUGAUUUAAGCGUUUCAUGAAUGAGAACAAAAAUGUUGCAUGUGGGCAAUAACAACGGUUGUUACAGUGGGUAGGAAGCACAAGUAAGCAGUCCUGAACAACAGUAUUUACGGGGUUAUUAUAAGGGGCGUGCGCUGCUACUAAAUAGUACCGAGAUGUUGUCUGUGAUCGCGCAGCCCAUGCCCAUUCAUUCCCAAGAUGAAUCAUUCAUUUGUUCAUUCCUAUCGUGUAAUAUGUCGGCCAUAUAAGCCUUUCAUAAAGGUGGUCAUCCGGAGAAAACUCUCCCUGAAAACUCUCGCGAGCCGGAGUGCUCCUCCUCGGACAAUGCGAGCACUGAGGUCUACAGGAUCCUCCAAGAACGGACAAGCCGUUUUUCGAGAGAGCUCAUUGGUCAGUGGGCGGGGUUUUUAUACUCUGUGAGUUCAAUCUGGAACUCAGCCCCGGAGCAGUUUAGCCGUUCAGCGUAUGUUGCUAUGGAGACUCGCCUCGCUAAGAGGUGAACCGCUAAGCAGUAAUCCUGCUUCGUAGAACAGGCCCCAGGUGACAGGAUGACCCUCUUAACUACUUCAUUUCCCAUUUAAAUACAUUAUAACAAUCGUUUAAACAUACUCUCUGCUUUAUUUUGCCCUCCGUAGUCUCUUGUUAUUCUAUGAAAAAAGUGAAGCAAACCAGUAGUGCUACAUAAAAUUUGUAUUUGGUUCAGGAAACCUUAAUGCUUACCAAUAGAAAUGAACCACACGAGUGCGAUUUUCAGCAUUGCUUUGGCUCUAGAUUUGUACUGGCUGUGCUGGAUUGGCUUCUUGAUUGCAAUGUAGCGAUCCAGGGAAAUGGCGCAGAGGUGCAUAAUGGAGGCAGUAGAAAACAGCACAUCUAGAAACAGCCAGAUGGGGCAGAGAGACUCCGGAAAAGGCCAGUCAGAGUCUGAAAAGAAGAUAAGAGAAGGUGAAGAGUCAAGUUAGAUGAUAAAAUGUGGUAACCUGUGUGCAUGAAUGAUCUUUCAUCCCAAGACUGAAUUGGUUGUGUUUACUACAGUUCAUUGGAAAUGCACCACAAUAGUUAAGGAUUAAAAGCAGCACUAAUGCAAAAGGGUAGUUUUUAUUUAUCCCUCAGAGGUUAGCCUAACUGGAAGAGAGAAAGAGGUUCACAGAAUGUUUAUGGAGCAAAAGGCUCUUUAUGAAGAUGUCUGGGAGUCUAUUCUCUACAGUAGUGUUUAUUUUCAGUCUCAAACUAUCGAAAAUGGCCAUAAAUUGUUAUGGCUCUUGACCUGUUGCCCAUUAACUUGCGAAAGAUGGAAAUAUCCUCUUUAAAGAACAAGCUGAAGACUUUCUUUCACCAGCUUCUUGUCACACUUGAGGGAAAUUUUGAGUCAUAGUUUACUUUGUGGUUUCUCAUGGAAAACUUUUUCAUUGACAAAUAAUGGUGCUGAAUUCCCUCCAGUUAACACUCUGUACCUGUUUACAGAGUUUCACGCCAAAUUCAAUAAACACUGUGUCACUGGCAAGGAACUGUUGAAGGAAACAUCAACAGAAUUAACAAGUAACUUUUGGCAGCCCUCAAAAAACUGUCAGAAUGAGUAUUUUAUCACAGCCCCUGGUACUAAAACAAGCAAGUUUAUAUCAGUUUCACAGACGUGUUAAAGACGAAACAAAAACACUUAGCUGAGGACUGUAUAAAUGACUAUGCCAGAAAAACAAUAAACACUAGAUGUUUGUUUAAAACAGUAUACUUAAAAAAGCAGCAGCAAGUUUCUUUGUCAUUAGCUCCUCAGAAAAGGGAUCCAGACCAUGCUGUACUAUGUUUCUGAGUUUACAGCAGCAUGCUCAUUCCUUUAAAACAAGCUGAUCAUUGACAUAUCUUCAUGUUUUAUCUGUUUGCUUUGAAUUCUUCUUUUCGGCUGCUGUGGAAAAAACAGCUGCUGCUGUCACUUUUUGUCUUCAAAAAAUGAAUCUGUAAUGACAACAAAUGUCAUUUAACCCCUGCAUUGUUUGUUCAUAGUAAACUGAUCUGAUAGAAAACUCCCCACCACACCCCUGUUUGGGCCUGCAGCCACAUUUGUCCAAUGAUAUCCUCUUAAAGCCUCUCUUUACAUGCUUCUGAAGCUGAUAACCCAAUGAUGCAGUUCUGAAAUGGUGAAUAGGUGUCCAUUCUGUUCAGUGCUUCUUUAUGUGAAGGUUGAGUUUGCCCUUCCUGCUGUCUUGAAAGCAGGACAAGAGGUUGUGUGUAUGAGGUCUGGUGUACAGUUUUUCAUUCAAAUCUGACUGGAUUUGAAUGAAACAGGAACGUGGGACCUGUUGAGUUAUGCAGAGUUAGAGUUUAACACAUGUUGUCAUGUAAAACCUACAUCUAAGAGACCAAAUGGAGUUCUGUGCCAGUGCCAAAAUAUUGUAAUUUUUGUAAGAUGAAGUAAAGAUAAGGUUUGUUUUAUUUCAGCAAAAGUAAACAGACAAAUGCUAGAGAGAGGAUCUUUGGUUUUGUAAUCAAACACAGACAGUGUGCAGCUGUACUCUGUUUCAGUUCUGCAGCUGGACUCAAACAAAAACUCUCUUUUUUUCCAUAUUUUUUGCAAUUAUGCCAAUUGAUAAUGAUCCCUUUAAACAAGACAACCAGGACGAGCUGUGUAUCUGCUGCAGCGGUCCUGCCAGAGGAAGGAGGAUGUUUAUUGUCAACCAUCUUGGUAUAUUUCAUCUUGAAUAAUUUGUUUAAAGGUAAUAGAGAUUUUAUCGGCUGUUGUUUACAAACUAUUUUUGCCCUCCUUUGUUACCUGUCACUUUGUUUGUCUCUGUAGAUAAUGGGGGUUAGUCUCAGUCUCUCAGUGUAAUGGGAGAAAGUGUUGAUGUGAAACAUUUCCUGUUUGUGUUUGCCGCUGCACCCUGAACCUGCUCUUCCACUCUCUGUAAAACAAGUCGUCUCGGCCGUUUGCAAGUAUAUAUCAACUGCGUUUUAUAGAUCUUAAUGUCAAGCACUUUAUUUAUUUUAUUUAUUGCACAGAUGUGUUUUAGAGAUGAGACAGACUCUGGGUUUUCCAAACACCAGGCUAUUUGCUUAACUUACUGUAAAGGAUAGUGACAAGAGCGAUGGGCAUCACCAGGAGUCCCACCAACAAAUCAGCCACAGCAAGAGACAUCAGAAAGUAGUUUGUUGCGUUCUGCAGCUUCCGUUCUAGUGACACGGCAAGAAUGACCAGGAUGUUUCCUCCAAUCGUGGGGAUGAUCACCAUGACAAUAAGCAGUGCAGCCCAUUUUAGUUGAAUCCCGGGUGCUUCUCCUGACUGCGAGCUGUUGGCCUGCAGAGGUGCCGGGACUGCUUGAGACAUGGUGCUGCAGAGCUAACAGCAGGCCGUAGUGGGGGUUGUGGCUCUGAUCUAUCAGGUGAUGGACACUUGGUCAGCAUGGUCACUGGGUCCCACCGACAAGGACACAGGGUAGGACCAGUUAGUGCACGGGAUGCUUCAUCCUUUGUGCAGAGUACAAUCCCAACAUAUGAGCUAACUACAAGAAAAUCCACUGCUCUGAGGGGACAAAAAAAAAACAGGUCCAGUACUCAAAACUCCAACCCAGGCAAUAAUCCAAACAGAACCGUUAUAUCCACAGUUAGUUGGAACAGCGGUCCUCGCUUUCCUGGGGACCUGAUCUUCUGGUCAUCCACUACAUCCGCUUAGAAAACAAACAAACAAAAAAAAACUGUUAAAGGUAAAGUGAUAUUUUUGAGUGUAUUCUCGAAUUCUUCUCACUGAUAGAGAAACAAGAUAUUCAUCGCAAAAAAAAUAAAAAGUCUGUUUUGUGGCGACCAUUAUAGUUUCUUCACUGUGGCAUAGAAAUUUGUUAGGCUUGGAUAUUAAAAGUUACAAGAUUAAGUGGAAAAACACUUUUUUAUUAAGGUAGUAAACUGUUGCGGUUUUGUCAUUCAUAUACAUCUGAAACUAAAAACCUUUUUACAUACAAACGCAGGUCGAGCAUCAUGAGGAAUUUUUAAAGUCCUCUGUGAGAUGAAAAGUACAUGAUUUGUCUCACUCUGUCUUAACUUCAUAGACUUUUUAACUCUACAAAAAUGUACAUCAUCAUACCUUUACAGUGUCUAAAAUCAAAAUCCAGUUGCUGUGUAAGUUUCUUACCUGCCUCUGAAGGAAAUGUGUUUGAAGCAUUUGAGUCCCCCGUUGCCUUUUCGACCCUAAAAAGCAGUUUCCCAAGCCGCCACGUCUCAACUUCCACUGACACUGAAGCGGAGUUUUGUGCCGGAGGAACAGUGGAGCUUUAUGCCCAAUGUUUUCAAAACUUUGCACGCCUCCAUAGUUUUAAUACUAUUUUCAAACUCCCCUUCCUCAUCUUUGUAUUUCCUCACUACCAAAUAAGAAAGUGGUAGAGAAUGCCUUCCUUCAGCGGCAAAACCUAAAUCUGUCUCUGGCUGAAGCAGUCCAUGGUGUGGAAUUUGUUUUGCUUCCACAUGUUGGAGGAACCCCCAGUCUCGCUUCGCAUCACAUACGGCGAUCACAGGUUUAAAACUUCCAGCUGUUGCGACUCCUCUGCCUCUCUCACUCUCAUCUGCUGCCCCUCACUCAGUGCCUGGGAUCAGCUCACACUCUUUCCAGUCUUGUUCAGCGCUCGCUUUUCCCCUCCCUUCUCUCUGUCUUACCCACUGAGUCAGACUCUGUACAAAACAGAUGAAUGUCUUCAUGUUGGCAACGUGCCAGUGGUUCUGGGAGGUAAUUUCCUUUAACACAGCCAUCCCACUGUUUAUAUUUGUCACCUUCUGUUCUCCAUACGAAGCCUGCAGAGGUGGGGGUUGAAGUGGUUGUAUAUAGGGUGAAGCCCUCCAUGUGAUAGGUUCUUAAGAAGUUGCACCCCACAGAGACUGCCUCUCAUAAUUAAGUGGUUUCUAAAGUUAGAGUCGAUUUAUUUUGUCUUUUGAUUUUUUUUGCCUUGAGUUAAAAUAAGUGUUUUCCCUCUUUGUACACUUGUUGUUCAACUUCAUAUUUAAAGAUGUGAAAAUAUGUAUUCAGAGAGUUUACAAUAAGCAGAGGACAGUGAGUGAUUCUUCUCUCCGCUAGAAAAUGUAAGAAAUGCAGCCAAUAAUCCCCCACUUGAAUCCCUGAAUCUCUCCCAGCAACGAAAGAAACAGGCUCGCUCCAAAACCAUCACAAGGUUCCCUGUUCUGUUUCUGUCAGACUCUGCUUUGUCCUUGUUUUCCCUUCUUUUAGGGUCUUUAAUCUCAGGACACUGUACGUGCCAUUUUAAAACUUUUAUUUUAAUCCUGAAAAUGACAUUUUAACGUUUCUGUUGCAGUGUGCUAACUUCUGCUGUCAACACACCAAAUGCAUGUCACACUUUGACAAGAUACCCACUGUAGCCGACCCAGAUUGCUCCACUAGAUAUAAUUAUGUUCCCUCGGAUGUGGCAAACAGUAAUUAUUGUACCUGUAAGAUUUGAUCAAGUAUUGGGUCAUACUGUGUUAUUUCAGGAAUCAGAGAAUAAGCCUUUUUGCAGCCUUCUUUUGUUUCCCUUUUGUCAGAUAGGUAUUUAUUUUUGUGUAUUUGUGUGACUGGUUAUAAUAGAUAGGAAGCAAACAAACGAGAUUUGGUACAAUGUUGUAGAUGCAUUGAUAACUCCCAAAAUCAAAUUUCAUGUGGCAAUAUGCUGCUUUAAUUAAUUCAGCAGAGCUCUAUCCCCGCUUCUCGUGCUUCUUUCAUGGCCCCUCAAUGUGUGUGUUUCCCCUCAGGCCGCAGCCUGGGAGCAGCAGUCAGAGGGAGUUAUUAAGUUGUAGCUGUGUCACCGUCAGCUUCAUUUCACUAACAUCAUAAUAAAUGUGAGCCAUGCACAUAUGGUCAUACAGUACAUAAACCGGUCAAGUAAAAGCCUUGGGUGUUUUUGGAUCCCUCGGGUAAAUAUUUGCCAUUUUGCACAUAGGGCUACUAAAGUCAUAAAGUGUGUAUAUUUAACACAGGGGUCCAAACACAGGAGUGACACCAUUCACUGCUGAAGGGAUAAUUGUUUCCAGGUCAUGAUGGAUGAGUUGGUCAUGCCCCAAAAAAAUAGGAGAAGAGCUGGUGAGGUUGAAAUAUCUAAAACCGGGUCAAGUGUAAUCCGACACCUUCCAUUCAUAAUGCCCUGUCUUUUUUUGAAUAAGUGCUGAAGGCAAACCAACAGUGAGGGGAUUUAACCUUUCAUUGUCUCUUCUUUCAUACUCUAGUUUGACCGGUUUGUUUGGAAAAAAGCUGAAACCUCUUAAGUUGAAAAUGUUGCAGCUCCAUAUAGUGAUUUGUGCUGCGUGUCAUGAUGUUGGCGGCUUUACUGAGACUAAAGGACCCUGGAUGAUUGGACCUCAGUGUUUUCUUGAAUUUUACAUAAAGAUUUAGUGUUCAAAAAUACAAGUGUAUGAAACACUUCAAACCAUUAGCUCACCUGAUGAAAAGUGAUCUUGAAAUUUUCCUUUGUAAAACUUUGCUGACAGGCUAGAAGUGUGCUGACUCUGUCCCAUACAUCCCCCCUCUGACAUGGUCAACAUGUGGCCUCUUAGCCUUUAACAACGAAUGGUCGUGAGCCUUAACUCCCUUUUUCUUACACCCGGCACUCACCAAAAGGUUUUUUAACCCUAAUAGAUUAAGGAAAUAUCAACAAUUAAAGAUAUAUUUAAUGUUCCUAGAGUAUGAAGUGCAGUGAGACGGCCAACAUAAUACAUUACACACUGAUAGGUUCUGUUACCAACAAGUCCCCUCUCUCACAACUGGAAAUCUUCUCUUGUUGAACUAAAAAUUUCUCUUCUACUCUUCUCCCAGUCAGUCUGUGGUGGAGUAUUCUACAGGACACGUGGGUCCUCUAUUUCUGAUAUCUACUUCAUUUUAUUCAUCGGGUUUACUUUAGUCACCAUGGCUGCGAUCAUUGUGCUGCCUCCUUACAGCUUGCUUUGUGUUUGGCUCUGGGUCUGUUCCUCGUGACAGAUCACAGCUGUCUACGGAGUUUCCCCCCUCACAACAGGAUAUCUGAUUGUAAAUAUUGACCUUAUUUAAUAUUUGCGAUCCUCAAAAUGGUGUGCUAUAGUCCUCUUCCUCACACCACAGGAGAAUCUGGAGUGAUCCUCUUUGAACGAAUCAAAAAAUCAUCAUGUUGCUGACUUUUUGGGACCCACAAUUUGCCUUCAGUGUUAGCUCACUAUGUUUUUCUCUUCCCCUCUCUCUUUUUCUGUCUUCAGGACCCCUGAGCAGUGUCCCAGUGUGGUGUCUCUUUUGUCGGAGAGCUACAACCCUCAUGUGCGUUGUGGGGCUGCCAUGGCUCUGGGCAUCUGCUGUGCUGGGACAGGCAAUAAGGUGAGAGUCUCCCUUUUCUCCAGGAAGUUUGUUCGUUUUGCCACAUUGAUAAGCAAGAGGCAGGUCAGUUUGUUUAGUGAGUGGAAUAGAAACAUUGUUCACCAAAAUACAGAUGAAAAAUAUGUAGAGUACCAUCACGAAACAUGUAAAGUCAACUCGAGUUGUAGGACUGUUUGAUUUUAUUCACACAAGCCUCUUGGCGAUUUUUGAAUUAAUACUAAUUUAAACUUGAUUUCACACUGAGGUUCAAACCUGAAGGAAUACCACUGUAAACUGAUUAAGAGAGUCAAAGCAGUGUUUCCUGUAUUGACCUGCGCUGCUGAUUCGGCACGACAGUAAAAACCCCUAAUUAAACUUCCCGACAGCCUAUCAGGAACAGGAUGUGGUUGGCUGGUGUUAGCUUUACACUCGGACUUCUCAUCCCAGCACGCGGCUGUCUCAGCCAGCUGGGCUGAGAGCGCGGAUGAAACAUGGUUUAUUUUACCUCCACUCAUCAUCAUCUUAGUUUGUUUCUUUUUCCUCAACAAAGCUCGCGCCUCCCUCAAAGUUUUCUGGUGUGGAUUUCAGCUAUUACCGCUCAGCUAAAAACAGAGGAGAGAGGAGCAGUAAAACGAGAAAUCAGUCGAUCCUUCCUCACUUUUUACAGUCCCAUUGUUUGCCACCUUGAGAGGAAACUGAAGACGGCAGGACCUGUCAUAACUGUUACACAGUUGUCCUUGGCAACCAGAUAUGGAUGACACUAAUGUCAUUAAUUUGUGUGGUCUGGUUGUCUCUGUUAAUAAUCUGUCUUCCUGUAAUUCUCCAAAUGAAAAUCGCCUUGUUGAACUGAACCACUCUGUUGCUCAAGAAAAAUAGAAAAUGUGUUUGGAGGAAAAAUUUUAAACAAGACAGUUUCACAUCAAUUUGGAUCUAAAACAGUUUUUAAAAGUACAGAUUUUUACAACAACAGCAGAAUUGAAAUGAAAGUUUUUGAUCCCUUUUUCGGGAAUUGAGUUGAUUGGGUGAAAAUAAAAAAUCAGGGUUAGCUGUGACUUAGUUUACACAUAAAACAAAAAAAUUGGGCUUUAAUCCCUGCGACAGAAAUGUGUCUGUCAGGCAGAGGUCUUUUUGUCUUAUUGAUCAUGAGUAAAUCAGAAAAGAAAAACAAAAUCCCUGUGUGUUUAAUUUGUAUAAGUUUGAUAAUAAACCAUAUUAAAGUAUUCUCCAAAAAAGAAGCUUACAAGAAUUAUAUUUCCCUUCACAGGAGGCCAUCAACCUGCUGGAACCCAUGACCAACGACCCAGUGAAUUACGUGAGACAGGGAGCCCUCAUCGCCUCCGCCCUCAUUAUGAUUCAGCAGACUGAGGUCACUUGUCCCAAGGUGAGGCCAAAAUGUGCUCUUGCUCACUUGCAUACUAACUUACAUACUUACUUAGUCACUCUUAAGAAUUUUUUCCUAUCUAUUGAAAUAUAAAUUAUUUUUAAUUGAUCAAGUGUUGCAGCCUUUUCAGAGUUCAUGUCUCUGUUGUGGUUUAGAGGAUAUCACUGAAAUGACCUUUUAGAUGUGAAGUGGUUAACAAGAAUGUCUCCAGCUCAAAGACACACUGCUCUGUUUUCUGUCUACGUGAUAUGUUGACUAUUUGUGAGUUAGUAACAUGCCUCAGGGAUUCUUGAAAUCACACUAAAUACAGUUGGGACCAGACUUUAUGUGAGUAAGAAGUAGAGGGAUUUGUCCUGCACAAAGGUAUCAAACUGUUUAAACCUUUUUUUUUUUCUUUUCUUUUUGAAGACUGGAGAGUGAACUGAACUGCAUGCAGUCAGAGCACCUCAUACUUUCUCACAGACAGUUAAGGUUAGCCAGAUACAUCUUUAAAGAGUCCUAAUCUGCUCAGCAACAGUUCGUAAAACUCAGGUCAGUCUGCAGGAUUGCGCAAGAGGAUUUUUUUUCGCAUUUACAAUAAGUGGAAUGUGAAAAGGUAUUACACCCCCGACUGUUUAUUUCAAAGCAUUAGACUGCUCAACUUCAAAAUCUGCCUCACAGCUGAGGGCAGACGUCUGAGGUCUGUAGCUUUAGGGAGGAAAAUUAGGCCAAAUUGUCUGAAAACUACUUAGCAGUGUUUUCUCAAAGUUUGAGUUACGCUGUUAGAGUUUGGACUCCCACAGAGUCGUCAUCUCAGCGUGGCAAUGCUGAUGUUAGCUGCAUGUAUCGUGCUGACAGACUGCAGUAAAGUCUGUAAAAGUCGAGCUUAAAUAUGCAACAUUUACAGACUGAAGGAGAGGAGGAGACAGUUUUUCAAAGCCAGGCUUGCAGGGACGCUGACUCAUGAGUAUAAUCUACAAAACAAAAACAAAGUGAAAGAACAAUUUUCCUUUGUCACACAUUUAGAGGAGAAAAAAAAGUCCCUACUACAAACUCUAACCCUCAGGUUCAAGAACAAAAAGAGCAUGAUUGACUACUGUCGACAUGAAAGCUGGAAUGUAUUUGAUAUUAAAACUUCAUUUUUAUACCCUCUGUUUCAGGUGAACCAGUUCAGGCAGCUUUAUGCAAAGGUGAUAAAUGACAAGCAUGAUGACGUGAUGGCCAAGUUUGGCGCCAUCCUGGCCCAGGGAAUUCUUGAUGCAGGUAAGUUCCCAAAUAUGAUGACACUAAACGUCAGCAUUGACCUGAAUACAAAAAGUGCUAGUUCAAGGACCAACUGUUAGCUUGAAAGAUACCGGCAUGGUCUCCUCAUGCUGGUACACACUCCGUCCUGCCACUUUACCUUUACCCUUCAAAGACGGAAGGACAAGACCCAAUUCUGGAACAAGUGAACUGCUGUAAUUGUAACUGUAAUGUGGGUUUUUUAUGAAUAUGUCUUAAUUGGCAAUUCGGUGCUCAAACAAUCACAAAGUACCCCUCCUGGGUUGACCACCCAUGCACAGUGUCUCUGGAAUAGAUCAUGCCUCGCUACAUUAGCGCCUGGCGUCGCUACCUGCGCUCCGCUCCACUCCGAGCCACAUGGCCCGUUGGUUUCCCCCUGGUGAUUGCUUAUCGUCCUGUUGUCGCUGCAGCCUCUGUGUUUGUGUUUCUGUGUGAGUGUUUGUGGAUACUAGCAUGCCGGGUGGUUUUGUGUGUGUGUGUCUGUGGGGUCCUUGAGAGCUGCGUGUCGUUACGUAGAACCCCAUGCAACACACCCAUAUCCUCAUACAAACACUCAGUCAUGAGCAGAGAGACGUUUUUUUAGCACUGUAUGUUGAGCCUGAGAGAAACCAGCUCUCUUUACACGCUGCUGUAUACAUAUUUUAUCAGGUGUUCAAGUUUUUCUUUUUUUACGUAUUUGUAUCGCUUGAAACUCAUUGUGCUGCAUCAUGAAAUUUUACAGUUGCUUCCCGUUUUGCUCGGAGCAGAUUAGUCAUCUUGAUGACAGACAGGACCUCAGUCAUUUAUCGAAUCAGGCACAUUAGCUGUGAUGAACUAGCCAGACAUGCCAAAAUGACCCUAAGUGAGACCAUCCAGACACCACCGGUGCGUUUUUUUUUUUUUAACCAGCAAGAACCCCUCCCCACUCUCCCGCUCAAAAUCCAGCACCUAAUACAUAACCCAUGUUUUUAGGACAGUUCAGUGAGACACUUGCAGUUUAAAAACAUACAGACAGGAAACACGCCACUGCUGCUUGAGUGUCAAACAUGUUUAAGCUUCGGUGUUAUGAAUGUUUUCCUGGUUCUUCUACGGAGCUAGGCGUUUUGGAGGUGCAUGGGAUAUUGGGUAAUUGUAUUUAAUUUGACAGGCGGAAGCGAUUAGAGCCCGGCUUCGUGAUUACUGGUGCUCAUUACACAGGAAAUAUCCCUCUCUGUUGCUUGUUCUCUCACACACUCUCCAUCUUAUCCUUCAUGCUCAGGCUGGAUUUAACAGACUUUCUCCUCAGUAAUUGAUACAAUCCACUGAUUCACUCUGAUUAGUCUUUUUUUUUUCAUUAUGAAACAACACGUGCUUUUCCUUCAGAGAAACAACAAAGCUGUUUACCCCAUGUUCUGUCAUUUAGCACUCAUUUUCAUAUGUUAUUCACACGGUUUGCACACUAAAAGUCGGCAAAAGCAGCAGAGGAGAACAGCUAGUCAAGCGCUCUCUACCUUUUGUCACGUUUUUAAGAGUCUUGAGUAUCAAGUCGCAGUGCUGUGAACAGACCUUGUGACUCUCUGGCAAAUGUUCACUCAGUGGGUCUGGAAUGGUUUCAGCGCAGGUUCAGAUGUCAAGGUAAAGCUAUUGAAGCAGCUCGGUGAAAAAAAACAAUGAUUUUUACUGCUAUGAGAUGGAAGGGAAACUCCUUGGUAAUCUACCCUUGCUCCAGAGAAAGUUUUUCUCUUCAAUCCUGUAAAAAUGUCAAGAGUGAUCCUGUUUGCCUCAUAUCUGUUUUUCCUCCUCUUCCUUCUGUCCUCCCUUCUGCCAACACUCCUCACUGCUCCUCUCAGAAAUUCAGGGAGAGGCUUUUUUUCUCUUUAGUACAGCCUCAAGGAGCAACCUCGGCCCAUUUGUCACUUUCUUCUUUUUGGUCAGCUUGACAGAUGAACUGAUUUUGACCUAAGCGGUUUUUAUCAGGAGCAGUCACAGAAAAGAUCAAACACUUGACUUCACUGUUAGUGCAAAAAUCCAAUCUCAGAUUCACACUGUAUAUUCAAAAGAAAAAGUCAAUUUUUGCUACAUAACAAGGUCAAACUUGUCACUUUUAUAGUUUAAGUAUUAACUUAAGUGCAGGGCUUGACACUAACUUUAUUCAGAAGGAGAUUUAUUCAGCAUGUGCUCCGAAGUUGAAAAAGUAAGGGGCACACAAAGAACUUUAGGGGCACAAUGAAAAUUGAUCAAAUAUUGUGUCUCGUAUCGGUCGACAUAAGUGCUAUUAUAUGAAAUCAAUUUUAGGACUUUUGGUCACAUGACAUGGAAGCUAUUGAAAAAAAAGUUCAAAAUUUGCCUUUAAAUUUAACACAAAAAUUUUUAGAGGACAAAUUAGGGAAAUACAGAGGUGUGUCUUAUUGAUCGACAUAAGUACUAUUAUAUGAAAUCAAUUUUAGGUCUUUUGGUCUCAUGACAGGGAAGCUAUUUUUUCAGAAUAUCAACUGGUAAUUUAUUGAUGGUCCCUUAUUCAACACCUGACGUUGACAGCGAGGGUGUCGAGUAGAUUUAGUCGCGCUGCUGUUGCAAUUCCCGGUUAUGGAGAGUGAGAAGACACCGGUAGAUCCACAGCAAAUGUGUGUUGGAUAUCCAACCUAAAACCAACUUCACUGUGGUAUUUACAUUAAAAAUCAUUUGUUGCCUAAUUUUUUUUAUGCGCACGUGCCCAUAAAUACACUUUACAAUUCGCACACUUCUAUUUUUAUUCGCAAAUGCGAGUGAAACGGUUGCACUGUCGAGCCCUGUUUAAGUGUUAAUCAACAUUUAAAGCCUAAAAAAAUCAGUCAUUAAAAAGUUUCCCAUGUGCUAGUUUUUCUAAGAUUUCUAUACAUGGCCGAUUGUCAUUUCUUAUUUCUGAGACACUAAUGUAUCUCUUGUCAUGAAAACAGUUUUAACUCCCAUGUCUGGUAACAUCUCAUGAUGAUAAAUACAGUUUGCUUUUGAACCUUAAAUUCAGGAUGCUGUAGACAAUGCACUCCUGGAUUUAACUGGCUCAGCAUUGAUAUAAAUCUCCCUCUGGUGUCAUUAGAUAAGACAAGUUGAGACAAAAAGUCAACCUUUUCAGGGUGGUGACCAUCCUGGUCUGUGACCUCAUUAACCUCUCAUCUUUCAACUCCUGUGCCAAGUUGACCUGUGCUCCUCCACAAUCUGUGUUCACUAUGACACAAAAGAGCCAUGCACACCCACCAAGAAAUGUUGUCACGCAAAGAGAAAAACCACAUGUGUACUUCAAUCCCCCUCUGCCUCAUCUUCCCUCUGUUGUCCAGGUGGACGUAACGUGACCAUCUCUCUGCAGUCCAGGACGGGUCACACACACAUGCCAUCUGUGGUCGGCCUGCUGGUCUUCACCCAGUUCUGGUUCUGGUUCCCCCUCUCGCACUUCCUGUCUCUGGCCUUUACACCAACUGCCAUAAUCUGCCUCAACAAGGACCUCAAGGUACUAAAAAAACUAGACUAUCUGGGAUGUUUGUGUGAGAAGAAACCAUUUAACACAUUACCCUCUUUGUUUGUGCUGAAGGAAGCUGACAUUUUAUGGGUUUUAGGAUUUCAUUGCCGCUCAUUUCAGCUUCACCUGACAUCACAUUUCUGUGUCCGUACCGAUUCAAGAGGAAGUCCUUAGUGAUAAGUCCCCAAAUAAUCCCAGGACCAGGAAUUCAGUUCAAAAGGAGGUGGGGGAAGCAGGGUUUAACAGACUUUGUGCUGAAUGGUAAAACAGAUGCUGACGAGCUCUGAGUGCAGCACAAAGUCUUUUCUGGUUUUGUCUCUCGUUAUCGGACGGAGAAUAUCCCUUUCUUUUACCAGUUUUUCAGUUUUAGCCACAGAGUUUCAGGUGAGCUUAUAAGGCAGAACAGGAGAUCUCACUUCACACUGCAGUGAAACAUCAGAAUUAUGAGGUGAUAAAAUAACUUGAAGUCCCCCCUCAUCACAUUUUGUGCUGCUCUUUUACCGUAGAGACUGUUUUGUCAUUUGGUCUCAGAACACAGUUAAAAUGUGAAGGUUCACACUGAACAGAAAACACCUGCUGCUGCUCUGACCGGAGAUCCUCUUUGAUGUUUGUCAAAGUUUAGCCGUCAGAGCACUUUCUCACUUUUACACCAAGUAAAGACAGCAGGUUUUAAGUUCAGGGAAGAGGAAUAAGUGAAUAAGUGCUUCCACUUUUGUGCGAGCAAUUUAUUGUAAAUUUAACUUAAAAACCUACAGAAGCCCAUAAACAGUAUUUGCAGUCGUUUUGUGAAGCAUAAUGGUGAUAUGUAAAAGACUUCCUAAGAAAACUUUGACCUCCUACUGUGUAUAAGAGUUGUUAUCGUAUAGGUCAAUCUACAUGAUUUUACCCAUGUAGGUUUACACAUGUAGUGUGUUUACAUGUUUUGCUUAGACUUUGAGAAAUUCAACUUGGUGUGAUUUCAGUCAAUCUAAUGUGUUUAUCGGAGUAAUGCAACAAAUUGAUUUCUUUACAUCAUGCUGAUGGUUGAUGAGCCUGGCGAGACAAGUCCAGGUGAUGUAAAUCUAAUAUUUCUCCUUCUGUCUCCUCGCUCAGAUGCCUAAGGUGCAGUACCGUUCAAACUGUAAGCCCUCCACCUUUGCCUACCCGCCUGCUUUGGAGGUCCCCAAGGAGAAAGAGAAGGAGAAGGUGAGAACUGAGGGACAAAGGUGCAAUGUCCCAAAAGAUAAAUUAACUCUUAAUAUUCUCUGAGGAAUGAUCCACUGAAAACUGACUUGACUUAUUCUUGACUUGUAAAUAAACUCUUUAGACUCAUAAUCUUACUGCCUCUAACAUUAGUUUGGCUUUUUUGUUUUUCUCUUCUUCUGGUGCUUCAUUUUGAAAUCAUGGAUGCCGUCUGUGACUUUUGUUUUUUCACUGAAAUUCUUUACAUCAAUGGUAUCAUCAUAUAAUCGAUAUUCCCUCCCCUCUCAGGUAUCCACAGCUGUUCUCUCCAUCACAGCCAAAGCCAAAAAGAAGGAGAAGGAGAAGAAAGAAAAGGAGGAGGAAAAGAUGGAAGUGGUGAGUGGAAACUUAGAGAUCUUCUUUCCUUAUCACUUUAUGGUCUCUUUUUGAUUCACAGACGACAAAUCAAACUUUAACGGUGAAACCACAGACGUCUGAAGAAAACACAGCAUGCAUUCCUCAGUACAGAGGACAAACUCACAUGACCCACCACGUUUGACCUGAAAAUGCUGCCUCUGUGUCACAGGAAGUUCAGGAGGGCGAGAAGGAGAAGGAGAAGGAGAAGGAGAAGAAGGACGAAGAGAAGGAGAAAGAGAAGAAGAAAGAGGCGGAGCCAAACUUCCAGCUUCUAGAGAACCCAGCCCGAGUGAUGCCGGCUCAGCUCAAAGUCCUCACCAUGCCUGAGACCUGCCGCUACCAGCCUUUCAAACCGGUAACAACACACACCUGUCUGUCCGUGUCUGUGCUCAUCUGUGGUCUGUGGUGAGUGCCACAAAGUUUAACAGCUGUACCUGGUCAUCUUUGUCAAAUCAGCAACAAACUUCUGUCCUCUGGUUGAAUUGACUAAAUGUGAUGAAGCUGCACCAGAAACAGAGUCAGCUGAAAUAAUCUCAAAAAUAUUUGACGGAUAUUUAGUGAUUUUUAAAAUAUCUAUAAUAUUUUUUUUGCUUCAUUUACAUCCAGAUCUAGUCUGACGGUUGAUUUUUGCCUCUGUCAAACAUCUCCAGCUCAGGAACUCUCCGUCGCCCACCAUCCUGCUAUAAACCUAGACAGUUUUCUGCUGUAACUGGCAGGAUGACAUGCAGUCACCCAAAAGUGUUCACCACAGAGAGGGAGCACUGUCUGAUUUUGAUUUUGCACAGCAGGCAAAAGUCUAAGUAUUAGAUUAUAGAACUUAAUGUGUCCGUGCCAAAAUAGAGCCUGAGCUUGUCUCCAGGUUUGUAAUGCUGCUGUCCUUCUAAGGGUUUGUUUUUACAGUCCGAGAUGAGUUUAGGAAGUAAAAAUGUUUUACUGACUUACCUUGAUAUCUGCUCAGUGUGAAGAGUUUUACUGAAAGCCUUUUUAUUUGAUUUUAUGUGGCUUUAAAUUUUGAUCAUGGCUGGACUUUGCAAAAAUAACUCUUUAAAAUUCUCUUGUUUCCCUCCAAACUGAAAGAUGGUAAACUCUGUGGUUGUGCAUCAGUACAUUAACUGUAACAGAGGUUUAGAAACAGAAAUUCAUUGAGAUAGCAGGGAUUUACUCUUUGGUGUUGGUGGUGAUUUGCUAACUUCACAUUAGAUAAACAGCAUGCAUUUUUAAAAGCACUGUAUAAACUACAGCGAUGUGCGCUUUAUAAACAUAAUCCUGAGACUGAUGUGCAGAAGAACUCACUGCAAGAAAGUGAUCGUAGUUUAAAUGGGACUCUUUUGUUCAGAAACUCCAAACUGUAGCACACGGUGCACUGAAAAUAAGAGGGGUUGAUUUCAGGCCACACAAAUAACUUUAGCUUCAAUUCGGGAUAAUUUGGCUCUGGUUAUCAAAACAACAUCUGCCCCAAAGGGACAGGAGUACUGGAUGCUUAUCGAAAUUUUCCAGCUUUACCUUCUACAUGUGCUGCAUCUGCAGCUUUCUCCUCAGUCAGUCAGUCAGACUGUCGCACAAGUUCACUUUUUCUCCAGCAGUUACAUAAGCAUCAAGUUUCUGGUCAACAGAGAAGAGUGAGAUAUAAACAAACACAGAGCAGCUCGUUCUUUUGACUCCAAGUCAGCAUACCUAAAACAUAAAUACCUGCAGAUCAUCGACAGGUCAUCGCUCAUGCUCUUUUCUUAUCUUUGACCAGCUUCAUACUGGAGGUAUCAUCAUCAUGAAAGACACCAGUGAGGAGGAGGAGGAGCUGGUGGAGCCCGUCUCAGCUCAUGGUCCCAAAAUCGAGGAGGAAGAGCAGGAACCAGAACCCCCUGAGCCCUUUGAGUACAUCGACGAGUAGGACAUUCUCUCUGAGUGAAGGUACAAUAACAGGUCGUUUCUUAGUGUUCUGAUUUCAGGUCCUUGCACACCGGGGCCGACGCGAAUAUAGAACGCGGAAUUACGAAAUAUUCAGAGAAUUUUGACGCGCCUGACUAUACACAUCAAGCACGAUGCGAUUUUGGGACUUCCUGGGGGGAAAAAGAUGCUUCCUGGGGAAAGUCCCGCCUCCUUCGCCUCUGAUUGGCUAGAAAAGCUGGAAAUGUCAUCACAUGCUCAAGCCAAACGGUCAGCACUGAAAGCCAAUCAGAGGCGAUAAGAUAAGCAGAUGAAACUAUGGUAACAACUGUUAGCUUACGUUAGCACAGAUGAAAGUUAAAACAAAGACGUUUAGCAAACAAACCAUCGUCAUAUGAGAAAUCCAACGCUAUGACUCUCCACAAGUUGUCCUUCAGGUCGUUAUCUUUGUAAUGUUGGUGUCUUUUAUCAAAAAGCACUCUGUUCUCCGACACGGAAACAAUCAACUGGUCGGCCAUGUUGGAUAUACCUAUGAAUCAGACGUUGCAACAACACGCAAUCUGAUUGGUCAGAAGUGGACACACAGUAUGCGAAACUUUAAUAAAAAUUGACCGUGAUCAGAAAAAAUAUGCUGCAAUAUCGCAGAACGGGAAAACGUUGCUGAUGUGAACGCUUGAUUGACAGGAUACGGGUUCGAAAAAUAUUGACAUCCGAAAUAAUCGCACGAUAAAAACGAUCCCUGUGUGGAAGGACCUUUAUUCAAAGAAAACAUGGCAGCAGUUUGGUUACAAUGAAGCGGCCUCAUUUCUCCGUCUGUUUAUCGAUGAGUUCCUUCUGCUGUGUCCUCAAAGGUCAUUUAUCAUUAAAACACAGAUGGAAACAUUUGAAAGGAUUGGUGUUUGCAUGGUUUCUCACAGUGUCAAAGUACACAUAAGGUUACAACCCUCCAGACUCCUCUCUGGCGUGAACACUGCCACAAAUCUGUCAAGUCGCUUUCAGAGGAAUUAAUGUGUGAUAACACACAAUGCAGGUCUGUCCCGCUGAUUCCAAGCAUAACCCCCUUUUUCACUUGUCAUUGAAAUUAAGGAAUGUAAACUCAGCUGCCAUCUCAGAGGCAAACCCUUUCACCACAUUUCACCAAAAAAAAUAAAAGCUGGAUUCUUCACGGUUCCUGGCUGCUUGUUGUGUUUGUGUUGGAUUGACUGCAGCCUGCCUCCCAUGGCGCUGCGUGUGACGAGGACGAUGAGGUGUCAAAUGACCAAAUUAGGGCCUCAAAGCACACUCAGUCAAGUCUUUAUGAGGUCUGGGUGCUGUGUGACAGAUCAGUGCAGAGAUCUUUGUCAGGUUAUGACUACCUCAUGUCGUCAGAGCCGAGUAGAUUUGUUCACCAAAAACAGCACAUUGGCCUGGUCCAUACAGGAGGUCAGAGGUUUCCAUCUCAAGGACUUUUCAGCAAAUCCUCCUUGAUAAUCAGAUGUUUCCUCUAUAAAUAAUAAGCAGAUCUAGUAAACUAAGCAUAUCUAAUCAUAUGUUUUCUUUUUUGUCCUCAGGCAUCAGGAGAAGCGAGGUCUCAACAUGUCGGUCCAGCGCCCCCCCCUUCCCUUUGUGCAUCCAUCUAUCCAUCCCCCUCCCUGCUUCACUUCCUCUUUUACACGUUGCUGUCCUGUUCUGACUCCUACCUUUGUCAGACAGGGAAUGUUUUACAUUCUCACACUGUUUAAUUUUCUGUCUGUACAUUAAAACCGAUAUAUAUUGAAGACACAAGAG